GAGAACGGGACCAACGAGGAGAUCCUCAACAGCCUGAAGCACGUGCGGCCGGGGGGGGGCUUCGAGCCCAACUUCACCCUCUUCCAGAAGUGCCAGGUGAACGGGCAGGACACCCACCCCGUCUUCGCCUACCUGAAGGCUCACCUGCCCGCGCCGGCCGACGAGGCGGCGCACCUGAUGGCCGAGCCCCGCUUCCUCACC